CCAAAACAAGGCAGCAAAAGAAAUCCGGAAGUUGCGUCCCCAACUUUUAUAAGACGGGUGUUAAGGUUUAGGAAAGAAAUCCGGCUUUCGAGUUCCGGUUUGGCGUUUUCUUCUUUGUGAAUGAAGCGGACGACCUGAUGAGAAGUGGUACAGAUCAGUCCUCCGACCCAUGAAGCCGAGGUCACGGGAGGAAUUGUUUUCUUUUACUGUUGUAUUUUUUCCUGGAAGAAGAUGGAAGAGAUUCUGGCUAAUCUAUGUGGGACUAGUCCCAUAGAUCCACUUCCUCUCUGGGUUCAUGGCAAUGUUGGACACUGUUUUAACCAGCUGCUUUUAAAUGUGGCUCCUCACGUCAUCCUUGCUGUAAUAAGCGCCUGCUACAUAGGAACACCAAGGUCUUUUGGCUCACAGAAUGCAUACAGACCUGGGUGGAAAUGCAGAAUUGCUGCAUCUUUUACCCUUGCUGGUUUGUCCAUCCUUGAUAUAAUCCCAGCAAUCCUUUGGCCACAGAAAUUGGAUCCUUUCUGCCUAAAAGUUCUAACAAGUGGCACAGCUGCACUGGCAUGGCUUAGUCACAGCUUGGCACUUCUUGCUCUCUACAAGUCUCCAUACAGUUUCAGCCGUGGUCCUGCAGUCCUGCCAAUCCUUGCCUUCUUUCCAGUCCCAUCUCUUAUUAUCACAUUGGUAUGGCGCUGCCAGACUGAGUUGGGUGAGCAGCCUCUUCAACUUGCCUCAGCCCUCAGAGUCAUUAUUCUGUGCCUCCAGUUAGCUUUCCUACUGCUCUAUCUCAUUGGGUAUAUCAUCCCUGUAGUCAGUAGGCAAGACUUUUUCUCUGUCAAUGACUCCUGGCAGCAUGAACCCUUGAUUACAACCACACAGAUCUCUGAAUCCACUUGGGAGGCAGUGGCAGAGGAUGGUGAGAGCUGGCUUUCACGUUUCUCAUAUGCUUGGAUGAACCCUCUUAUAAAGCGAGGCUACCAGUGGAAGCUGAAUAAGCCACAGGAUGUCUAUCAGCUCCCUCAACGACUGCAGGCCAACAGAGUCUGUGAGCACUUCUACUCCUGUUGGCUGGAAAAGGCAGUUCUCAGUUCAGAAAAUGGAAGGAUAUCUUCCACAAAUAGCUUCUUUGCCAAAAGUGAUGUAAGACAUGAUGGACUUCCAGCAGGUCCUCAAAACACUCCCAAACCUGUACGUCUCCUGUCAGUGCUGCAUGCAGCUUUUGGCAUGCGCUAUUACAGCCUGGGCUUUCUGAAAUUGGCUGGCAGUCUCUUGGGAUUCUCCGGGCCUCUGCUUUUAAACCUGUUGGUCAGUUUCAUGGAGUCACAUCAAGAACCUCUUAGCCAUGGGGUGUUGUAUGCACUGGGACUGUUUGCUGGUUCCUUCCUGGGUGCCAUUUUACGUAACCAGUUUAAUUAUGAGAUAAACAAAAUUAUACUUACUGUACGCACUGCAGUUAUCUCAGCCAUCUACCAGAAAGCUCUCCGGGUGAAUGGAAGUAGUCUGGCUAGCUUCACCACAGGUGAAAUUGUCAACUUUAUGAGCACUGACACUGAUAGAUUAGUCAACUUCUGCUUCAGUUUCCAUGAGCUAUGGAGUCUUCCUUUUCAAUUUGCUGUCACACUCUACCUCUUAUAUCAGCAGGUAGGCAUAGCCUUCCUGGGUGGGCUGGCUUUGGCUAUGCUACUUGUGCCCAUUAAUAAAGUUAUUGCUAAUUGCAUCAUGGAGAAAAACAAGGAGAUGCUGAAGCACAAAGACAUACGUGUCAAGCUCAUGACGGAGCUCUUGUGUGGCAUGCGGGUGAUCAAGUUUUAUGCUUGGGAACAGCAUUUUGAUGCUCGAGUGAAGGCGUGCCGAGCCAAGGAGCUGAAGAGCCUGCGAGCAAUUAAGUACCUUGAUGCUGUGUGUGUCUACCUCUGGGCAGCAUUGCCUGUGGUGGUCUCCAUUGUUAUUUUCAUCACUUACGUUUUAUUAGGACACCAGCUGUCUGCUACCAAGGUUUUUACAGCUUUGGCCCUUGUCGGGAUGCUGAUUCUUCCCCUCAACAAUUUUCCUUGGGUGCUGAAUGGGAUCUUGGAAGCCAAAGUAUCCCUAGAUCGAAUCCAGCACUUCCUAGAGCUCACAGACCAGGAUCUGCAUGCUUACUACAGCAGAGCUUGUCCUUCAAAUCCAUCUUCUGCCUUGGAGAUACACCAUUCUACCUUUUCUUGGUCCCCAGCAAGCAAAGAAAACUCUGAAUCUCAGACACCAAGAAGAGGCCAAGUUUUCAUACAAGAUCUGUUGGUGACAAAAGGUGCAUUAGUAGGGGUCAUCGGGAAGGUUGGAUGUGGGAAGAGCACAUUGCUUGCAGCUAUCACUGGAGAACUUAGUAGUCAAGGUGAACAGGUCUAUAUUUGGGAUUUGGAGAAAGGAUUUGGCCUGGCUGCUCAAGAGCCCUGGAUCCAGUUCACCAGUAUCCGUGAAAACAUCCUCUUUGGGAAGGAAUAUGAUGCCCGAUUUUACCAGGAAGUAAUAGAUGCUUGCGCUCUCUCUGAAGACUUGAAUAUUUUGCCAGCAGGUGAUCAGACGGAGGUGGGUGAGAAUGGAGUGACCCUCAGUGGAGGACAGAAAGCUCGAAUUGCACUUGCUAGGGCCGUUUACCAGGAGAAAGAACUGUACCUUCUGGAUGAUCCACUAGCAGCUGUUGAUGCAGAUGUAGCUAAUCACCUUAUGGAGAAGUGUAUCUUGGGAAUUCUCAGACAAAAGACUCGGAUUCUUUGUACCCACAGAACUGAGCUUUUGGGAAAAGCUGACACCAUACUACUGAUGGACAAUGGCAGAAUUCUCAGGACAGGAACUCCAGCAAAAAUUCUGCCAUUGGUGGAAGCUGCCCCUAAACUUGGAGCAAUAAACAAGAGAAGGAAGGACAAAAUAUUCACUGAACGCAAUGAAGCAGAGGAAGUGGAGCAUGAGGAAGAACAGCCAACCCAACCAAGCUAUUUUCUUAAGCAGGAGGAAGAGAAAAAAGAAGGGGCAGUGGCUUUCAAGGUGUACCAGGCAUACUGGCUGGCUGUUGGCAGCUGCCUAGCAUUAUCCAUACUCCUUUCACUGCUGCUCAUGCAGGCUUCUAGGAAUAUUUCUGAUUGGUGGCUGUCAAACUGGAUAUCCAGCCUACCUCAUGCUGAAAAUAACUCCAUCAACAACCCGGCAGCUCUUCCUUCCUCAUCUUUGCUGCUCUUCUCCCGUGGGGGACUCAUUUCCCCAGUCCUGAGCUCCAUUUCUUCAAAUAGUACUUUGAACAUGAACUUUUACCUGACUGUGUACGGCUGCAUUGCUGGGGGAAAUUCAGUCUUCACCAUCCUGCGGGCCUUUCUCUUUGCCUGUGGCACCAUCCAUGCUGCUACUGUCAUUCACAACCGACUGCUUAGACGGGUGAUGAAGGCUACCAUGACCUUCUUUGAUACCACGCCCGCAGGUCGUAUUCUUAAUCGCUUCUCUUCAGAUCUGUACUGUGUGGAUGAUAGCCUUCCUUUCAUUCUCAACAUCUUCCUGACCAACAUCUUUGGCCUGCUGGGCAUGCUGGUAAUGAUAACCUAUGGGUUGCCUUGGAUUGGGCUAGUCUUACUGCCCUUGACGGCCAUCUACUACUCCAUCCAGCGUUAUUAUCGACGUACCUCUCGUGAACUCAAGCGUCUCUACAGUCUCACCUUGUCCCCUAUUUACACUCACUUUUCGGAGACCUUGACAGGCCUCAGCACUAUCCGGGCAACCAGGGUGACUAGCAGGUUUGAGAGAGAGAAUCAAGAACAACUGGAACUGAACCAGCGCUGCCGUUUUGCCAGCAACGCGGCAAUGCAAUGGCUAGAUAUUCGGCUGCAGAUGAUUGGAGUUGCUGUUGUUACUGCAAUUGCAGGAAUUGCCAUCAUCCAACACCAGAGGAAACUGGGUGAUCCAGGUCUUGUGGGUUUGGCCCUUUCCUAUGCUCUGUCAGUUACAAACUUGUUGUCAGGACUUAUCACCAGCUUCACUCAGACAGAGACCAUGAUGGUGAGUGUGGAACGGACUGAGGAAUAUGCCACAGAAAUUCCUAUAGAAUCUCAGGAGGAACUGCUUCCGGUUGCCCCAAACUGGCCAGUUAGAGGGCAUAUUGAAUUCCAGCAAGUAAUAUUAUCCUAUCGGCCAGAAUUACCCAAUGCCCUGGAUGGUGUUACCUUCACUGUCUAUCCUGGGGAAAAAAUAGGGAUAGUUGGGCGCACAGGGUCUGGCAAAUCCACUCUCUUUCUGGCCCUUUUCCGCAUGGUGGAACUGAGAGGUGGAAGAAUCCUCCUGGACAGUAUUGACAACUACUCUGUAGGCUUGAAGGAGCUAAGGUCUAGAUUGGCCAUAAUUCCCCAGGACCCAUUUUUAUUCAGUGGCACACUUCGUGAGAAUCUAGAUCCCCAGCAGCAACACACAGAUGCUGACUUGCACCAAGUUUUGGAGCAAUGCCACUUGCACACAGUAAUUACAGAGAUGGGUGGGCUGGAUUGUGAGCUAAGGGAGAGAGGGAAGAGUCUCUCGGUAGGCCAGAGGCAGCUGGUUUGUUUAGCAAGGGCCCUCUUGACUCAGGCCAAGAUUCUGUGCAUUGAUGAAGCCACAGCAAGUAUCGAUCAGAAGACAGACAGACUCAUCCAGCAGACUAUCCGCCAGCGAUUUGCAGACAAAACUGUUUUAACUAUUGCCCACAGGUUGAACACCAUCCUGGACUCAGACCGAGUGAUGGUGAUGCAUGCUGGGCGGGUGGCAGAGCUCGAUUCACCUGCUGUACUCAGCCAGAAGCAGGACUCUUUGUUCCAGCACCUGCUACAAAGUGGAUAGCAAUAACCUUCCUGUAGACUUGAAUUGACUGUACCUCAUGACUGCAAGCUUUCCCAUGUGCAAUAUAGGCCUCAUCUGUAGGUCUAUCUCAUGUCCAUGAGAUCCACCUAUUCACUUUAGAGUUGGAAAAUACAGGGCAGAAUUUUUCUGAGUAACUCAGAAAACUGUUACUUUCUUUUUGCUUUCUUCAUUUCCAUUCAGUCUUCAUGAAAGUAAGCCCCAUUCAGCAAGAUUCUUCUAAAAGUUGGGUGUUAUCCAUGUAUCAU